GGGAUUUUACACUGUAAUUCAUUCUGUGAUGAGGAUUGAUGCAACUUCUUGCUGCCUGCAGACGCUGUGAAUUUCUGGCUGCGAUUUUGGGCACCAUGAGGACACUUCCAGCUGCCUCCUUCAUUCUGCUCUCGUCGAUGAAUUAUGGAUUUUCACAGAACUCCAGCAAUCCUGUGGUGGACAGAGGCUGUGGGCUGAACCUCCUCCCACACUAUCUCAACCUGUGCAGCCUAGACGUGAUCUGGGGCAUAGUUGUGGAGGCAGUAGCAGGGGCCGGGGUGCUGACUGCCUUCUUAUUGAUGCUCAUCCUCCUGGUGAAGUUGCCGUUCAUUAAAGACAAAGAAAAGAAGAGUCCCCUGGGAAUCCAGUUCCUCUUCUUGUUUGGCACCCUGGGUCUGUUUGGACUGUCCUUUGCCUUCAUCAUCCCAGAAGAUGAGAGAACUUGUCCCACCAGAAGAUUCCUUUGGGGCGUUCUGUUUGCGCUCUGCUUCUCCUGCCUGUUGGUGCAGUCGUGGAGACUACGUCAGUUGGUGCAGCAAGGCAAGGGGCCGAAUGGCCUGCUGCUGGUGGGGGCUGUGGCCUGGCUGGUGCUGGUGCAGAUCAUCAUCGCAGUGGAGUGGCUGAUCCUCACCAUCGUCAGGGAGCAGAAACCUGCCUGCAAGUAUGAACAGAUGGACUUUGUCAUGGCCUCCAUUUACGUGAUGUUCCUGAUGGCGACAACCUUCUCUCUUUCCUUCUUCACCCUGUGUGGAAAGUUCAAGAAGUGGAAGAAGCAUGGCACCUCUAUUAUUCUAACGAUGCUCUUCUCCACCCUGAUCUGGGUGGCUUGGAUCGCCAUGUACCUCUAUGGCAACAGGGAACUGAACAAGCAGCCUUCCUGGGAUGAUCCUGCCCUCUCCAUCGCUCUCGUCUCCAAUGGGUGGAUAUUCCUCAUCUUCCAUGCUAUCCCAGAGGUCCACUGCUCAAUUAUUCCAUCAAAACAAAACACACCGGAUUACUUUGAUGCCGUUCAGCCCAGAAUACGCGAGACUAACUUUGAGGAGGAACUGCAACUUCCACGCACUUACAUGGAAAACAAGGCGUUCUCCCUGGAUGAGUCCGGAGCAGCCUUUAAGACUGGGUUUCGCAAUGGGAGUCUGGGGCCUAGACCCAACAUUCAGCUACGCAGUAAUGUUUACCACCCCACCGAGAUGGCAGUGGUGCUCAAUGGCGGAAAUAUCCCAUCUGCUCCUCCCAACUACACAGGAAGACAUCUCUGGUGAAGGCAGAGCUGAUGGUGUUGUGGGCAAACUGCAGCUGGGCCAUGCACAGGCUGCAGUCCGAGUGCAAGCUGGCGGUGUGAAACCACGACAGGCUGUAUGAAGCCCAGCUACAUGGGAGUUUCUUCACAACUGACCUUUUUAAAUAGGGGUGUACAGUGAAGCUAGUAGGCUGUACACGCCAAGUACUCUUUCCUUUAAAGCUGUGAGUCUUUAAAUGAAAACCAGAAUGACGCUGAAGGAAUCAUUUGUGUUGAUGUAAAUAAAUAUAGAGUGCAUUACAUUUAAUAAAUUAUGGCAGUGUCAUUUUCAAUAUAGCUUCAUUUCUGCAAAACUAAUAGCCAACAGUCAAACUCCCUGGAGGAGAUGAGGAUAACUUGUUUAUCUUUGAUAUGAAUUUACUGCAGCAGCAGUAAUGAGUGUGGUUAGUGGGGAAGAGCUAAUUGCAAAAGAACAUAACUUCAGUAUUUCUAUAUGUUUGGGCAUUUCACAUUAUCCAACAGAAAAGCCAUAAUAUAAAUAAAAAUAUAUCAAUUUACCGUU